UAUGUGCACGUGACAUUUAUACGUUUUUCAUUUUCUGUAUUCACUAGAUUGAGGAGCUAUGAUGUGUGCUGCAUGAAAAAAUACACCCAAAUUUGUGAUCUUUUGAUCUACAUGUGUGUAUAAAUAACUGCCUUCCAUUUGGGAUUUGUGUGAAGCUGGCAUAGGAGGGCUUUUCCAAGUCCAGUUGAAAUAUAUAAACCCCAAAUUCAGUAAGUAUUACAGGGAAAACAUGGCUCCUAGAGAGCAGAGCCUAUGCUGCUGCAGCACUAAACAGGGCAGUAACUGUGGUUUCCAGGUGCUGGAUUCCCAACUCCCUUCAUUCUUGACCACUGGCUAUGUUGACAGGCUGAUGGGAGUUGUAGUCCAACAACAUCUGGAGGGCACCACAUUGACUAGCCCUGGUAUGGAAGAAGAACUCUUUUGCUACCAUAAUUCCUGCCUCUCAUAACCAAAAUGGGUGGGGUGAGGGAGGCUUGGUCAGAGAACUUGAAGCUAUUGUUUUCAGCAUCUUCUAGCCAAUAAUGUUGUGCUGGGUGGUUGUUUAUGCAGUCAGUGACUCAGGCCAGUGACUUUCCAAAUCAUGACGCCACACGCACACCACUGGGAACUAUGUCGGUAAACACAGCCUUCCCCAGAGAUUGCAGCCUCAUUCGUUUGGCUGAGUGGUUGCAGCUAAGGCAGGAGUAGCACACACUUGUUUCUGACUGAUCUCUAAAUGAUCCAGACCAGCUGGAUUCUUUCACGUGCCACACUGGGUCCAUUUUGUAUACCAACCAGUGGUUUUGUCAUAAAUUCAGUGGAAGCUAGUCCUUUUGGGUGCAACCUCAGCAACCUCAGUCUGUCCUUAGCCUACCUGCCUACUUACACCCAGCCCAGGGAGGGUAGGAAUAGCUGUCAGCUUCCUCUUCUUUAGCAUCAGUGUUGCUCAGCAGGAAUGAAUGUGGGAGCAAAACUAGAUUCAAUUAGCUCCACCUAACAUUGACUCUAGCUCCACCUACUGUUGGGCUCCCAGCCUUCUGCCCUACCAGUCUCAAUGAGCAUUAGCCACCACUGCAUAUAGAGGUGUUCACUUUAACCACACAUUUUUCAACAUAGUGGUAUAGUGACUGCAGUGCCAGACCUAGGAUUGGGAAAACCCAGGCUGAGAACACAUUGAAUUCAGUUGCCAGUCAGUUUAGAGUGUGCCAAGUAACAUGGCCAACAGCCUGACUUGGAGUACGGCUAUGUUUGUACAUGGGGAGCAGGUGAAAGAAGGUAAGGCCAUUCGCUGGGGGUGUUGGCUACCUUCCAAGUCUCUCUGUAGGAAGCUGUCUAGUGUUUAGCUUCCCACAUAUUUUCAGCUCCCCACAUUUCUCUCUCUCCCUGCCCCCUUUGCCCUGUUCACUUUGCAGAGCUCUGGGUGCUGUCAGUUGCAUCAGGAAAUGGUUGUGGGAGGAAAUAGCUUACAGAGCUUUGUGGGGAACUAGAGUCACAGGAGUACUGAGAAGGGGCCCAGUCAUAGACGCAGCUCCGUGUUUCUCAUUAUUCAGAUGUGAAGUCAAGGGUGCAGUAGCAACUAACCUGAGAUAAGGGUGCUGUUCUCGGACAGAAGGAUGUCGGACCUCACUCUUUCCAAAGAGCUCCCUGAUGUGAGCCAAGCUGCGGCUGACUUGCCAGAUGCCUUUGAUUUAUCCCUGAAUGAUGAUGCCAGCUCUCUGGGCUCCGACUCCGAGCUGAAUGGGAUGCCUCCAUAUCGCCAAGCUGAUCGCUAUGGCUUCAUCGGGGGCAGUAGCCUCCAGAAUGGCCUAGGGCAGCCCACAGUUGAGCUCAUCCGGCACCGUGAGACCAAGUGGCUGGAGAUGACAAGUCAUUGGGAGAAAACCAUGGCCCGGCGUUACAGAAAGGUGAAGCUGCUAUGCCGGAAGGGGAUCCCUUCAUCUUUACGUGUCCGCUGCUGGCCUCUGCUGUGUGGAGGACAAGCCAAAAUGAUGAGGAACCCCGGAAAGUACCAGGAGCUGCAGGAGAUACCUGGUGAUCCUCAAUGGGUGGAGACCAUCAGAAAGGACAUUCAUCGCCAGUUCCCUUUCCAUGAGAUGUUUCUGUCCCCUGAAGGGCCUGGGCAGCAAGGACUCCUGCAGCUACUAAAAGCCUACACUGUAUAUCGGCCCCAGGAGGGUUACUGUCAGGCCCAGGGACCUCUGGGUGCUCUGCUGCUCAUGCACAUGCCUGCAGAGCAAGCCUUCUGGUGCCUGGUGCAGAUCUGCGACUGCUACCUGCCUGGCUACUACAGCCCCAAGAUGGAAGCGCUGUUGCUGGACAGCGAAGUGUUUGUUGCCCUUCUGCGCCGGGUGUGCCCCAAGGCGCUUAAGCACUUGCAGAAGCAUGGCGUGGGCCCUCUGCUCUACAUGCCAGAGUGGUUUCUGUGCCUCUUUACCCGCAGCCUGCCCUUUCCCACAGUGCUGAGGGUGUGGGAUGCCUUUCUCAGUGAGGGGAUCAAGGUGCUGUUUCGUGUGGGGAUGCUGUUGAUCCGCUUAGCCCUGGGCUCCUCAGAGAAACUACGUGACUGCGCAGGGGUGGUGGAGACCCUGGAGAAGCUGCGCAGUAUCCCAGCUCACCUCCUGCAAGAAGACACAUUCAUGGCUGAGGUACAUGACGUGCCCAUCUCAGACCGUGAUCUGGAACGUGAAUGCAGAGCCCAACUGAAGAAGCUGCGCGCAUCUCGGCCUGACUUCCAGUACAGCCCAGAACUUCGGUUGUCUGGCUCAAAGGCCAUCUUUGAUGCACAGCAGCUGGAGUAUGCACGGAACGACGAGGAGGAUCCUGGAAGCCGCACCCAUACAUUUACCAUCCCCCAGAUCACAGUUGAUCCUCCUCCUCCAUCCCCCAAUGAGAAGAAGAAGCUGGAGAAGGCCUCUGAAGCACCAGGCCAGAAGAAAAUGAAGACGAGAAAGAAGCCGGACACACGAGGGAAGACCUUUCACUUCAUGCCACGUCCCACCAGCAGAACAGAGGGAAGGCUGGAGCCAGACGUUGUAGGAAGGAAGUCUUCCUUCUAUGUAGAUACAUGAUUCUGAACGUGGUUCUGAAGAGGUUCUGAACAGAGCUAGGCCUCUGCAGAGGAAACAAAAUUCAAGCCUCUAUCACGGCCCUGGUUUCAUUGUGCAUGUGAUCAUCUGUAGCACAUGAUGCCUUGAAGCCUGUGCUCAGUUUUUAAAAAGAAAGACUCAAAACUUCCUCAUUCAGGAGCCCUGCUCCUUAAGCCCUGAUGUGUGGCAGUGCAUGGAGGGAGAUUCCAUUCUUCCUACCCUUGGCGGCAAACGUUUUACCUACAGAUUUAGGAGGUGGGUAUUAUUUGGCUAAAAGGGGUAGGGGUUAGGGUAAUGUGGAUUUCAUUGAGGGGGGCCCCUCUACCUUUCUCCUGGACUUAUGGAAACUGGCACUCACCAUAUAGCUAAUGAUAAAUCUAUGCCAGGUGAGAGAACGGCACCUCAUCAGUUCAGACCUCAAAAUGAUUGCAAAGCCACUAUGUGACAAGAGGGUGUUAAAAGUCAAUGGAAAACAGCAGCUGGGAAAACCAGGACUGCUGGAAACAAGAGCCAGGAAUGCCAGCUAUGGAAAUGGUUUGGGACAAUCAUCAUCUGCAUUCUCAGGAACUGAGUGAGCAAAUGGUGUUACUAUCAGAGAAAAGGCCUGGUGUGCAAAUGCAUAUACACACACAUGUGUCAUUCAGACUCAUGCAGCCAGGUGGCCCCUGUUGCCAGUCAAGAGAAGAAGAGGAAGGUGGCAGUGUUAUAACUAAAAUAACACACACUAUGUUUCCCCCAAUCCUUAGUUUCUCAUACUAAUAAGAUACACAUCACUGCACACAAGGAUUUCCCCACUCAAGCAGCAGGCAUAAGAGCUAGCGGGGAGGGGAGGUUCUGGAAAACAGUGUCAAGUUUUAUCAAGGCUAGCUCGCAUCCAGAAUGUAGCUUUAAUAGAGUAUCUCAUUUUAUUUUUAAAAAGAUGUAGCCCCCAACAGCAUGGGGGAAAUUCUUUUAGUUCCUCCUGUGAGCAGUAGUACACACAUGCCUGAAUAAUGACACCACAGGGGAGAAACUUGCCAUGGCCUGGGCGAUUCCAUCACCCCACCCGCACCCCAGAUAAAUGUUAUCGUCCUUGCUAGUGGUAACUAGUUUAGUCCCUUGUCAGAUUAUGUGGAGAGAGACAGCAGAGCACCUGCAGGGAUGUCUUCUCAGCUAAUCCCCUCCUCAACCUGGCCUGACACCUGCACCUGUUCGGCUCCCCCCAGCAUUAGUGCUCAAACAGGAUUAAGUCCACCCUGCAAAUUGCACAAGGUUUGGAAGUCUCUCCCUAUGACAAGGCAUAGGCCUGAGAGUAGAUGAAUAUACUGAGUGAGCCACAGUUGUGAUCCGGUCCCAGGCCAUUAUGAGGCAAGGCUACAACACUGAUGUCUUUUUGACAUUUCAAGUCAAAACGGAAGCUGGCCAGCUUGUGCGAGUCUAUACUUUUAAAAAAGAUAUAUGAGUCCUCCUAACUCCUAGCUUUGGUCAAGCUAUGGGGUGGGGCCAAUUUGUAUUUCUUGGUUUUCAGUCUGUCUCCCGUGUAGCGGUGGCAGGCUGUAAGCCUUCCAGCCAGGCCUCUGCCGUUGCGCACACAUGCGUUUGCGCAAGGGUCCUUCCGAGUUACCCUAGUCACUCCCUGAAUCUUAAGAAAAUGAGGGAGGCGGGGGCACAUUUAUUUGGCCUGCACCAGAACCAGGGACAACCCCCAAACCAACUAGGGGACAGCUUGUCAUAGUUUUUAGCACCUCUGUGGGUCCUGAAUGCAGCUGUUGUCAAAGCAACAUCUGUUCAGGGCUGCUCAGAGUCACCUGGCAACUUACUGUAACAAUUUCGUGGUGGGUGCCAGCACCUAUUUUUAUUGAAAAAAGCACUGAGCAAGACCUUUUGGGGUUUUAAUGCUGUGAGCCCCUCCAUCUUAGGCUGAGGUUGUAUAGAUGUGUAAAUAAACCAUACUAUAUAUCAUUGAGA